AUGUCAGCGGACUCGAUAGCCCGUUGGAACGCUAUCCCUCUCACCCACCCGGAGCAACGUCCCCAGCCAUCAUUGAAGAGAUCAAGAGAUAGCGGAGAAGAGGACGAUGAAAGCGACGACAAUAUCUCUCUCGUCUCUCGCACUCCGUCCCCGCCUCCAGACAAAAUGGACGUGGACAAGUACGACGAGUUUUACCAGACCAGGCCGGAGCCAGAGGUCAUCACAGUAGAGACCAAGAUCAAGAAUACUAAUGUUGGCUUCUCCAUGCUGGCAAAGAUGGGAUGGGUCGAAGGAUCCCCUCUUGGUCUUUCUGGCGAUGGUCGUGUCGAGCCGAUUCCCUUCUAUGUCAAAAACGACCUGACAGGUCUGGGAAAGGCCAGUCAGGACGUCCGCAUGAUUGAAUCAACUGUGUCUCAACGACGGGAGCUAGACUCCGAGCGUCAGACGAAGGAGACGGAAGAGCAGAAGAGACAGCGCGAGGAUGCGGUCGCCAAACGACAAGCCGUGCAGACCGAAAUAUUCAGUGUGCUCCGCCCGUUCUACUGCGAGGUAUGCGAGAAGCAGUUCCAGAACGUCGCGCAAUACGACGAGCACACCAACUCGUACGCCCACCACCACAAGAUCCGCUUCCGCGACAUGCAGGCCGCCCAGCGCGCGAGCCGCAACACCGAGGAGGAGGUCAACAAGCGCAAGGAGAAGGAGCGCAAACGCGAAGAGAAAGAGCUCCGCAAGAUCGCCAAGGCCGCUGGUGUCAAGAUGGUCAAGCCCCCCGUCGCACUCGCCGCGGAGCCCGCAGCAGUCGCCACCGAUGCUGGCGGCGGCGGAGGAUUCAAGAGUGGAUGGGCGACAGUGUCCACUUCUGCUUCUGUUGACCCUCCGAAGCGGGGAGGCUGGAUCCCUGCGGGCGAAGCGCAGCCAGUA